AUGCAACUCACUACCCUCAUCAACGUUGCACUCCUUGUAAUUGGCAGCCUUGGCUACGCUAACAACUGUAAGGGCUCGAGCAAUUCUCCCAGUAUCACCGAUUGCCAGGAGGCGAUCCGAAGGAUUGACGAGGCUGCAUCCUACGGUGACGGGGCUGAAUUCUCCAUCGGAAACUGCUACAUGGUCUAUGCCACCAACGGUGCUGGAGAACACAAGCUUGACGGAAAGAACAUCCGUAAAACCGCACAAUCGAUCCUGGACUCGUGUGGUCACCACAAGGGAAGCUACGGCACCAACAACGACUGUGACUCUUGCCAUGUCACUAUCAACUACAGAGCCCCGAAGUAG